AUGGAGUUUCACGCCCACGACGAAGACUCGACGACAAACGCGGCGCGCGCGUUGGAGUGGUUUGACAACGCGUUCGAGACGCGAACGAGUGGGCAAUCGUACGUGGGAGCGGGCGUGCGCGUGAUUGAGAACGGGAAGAUACUACAGAUAGAAGCACCCAUCGCGUACGAGGCGACGAAGAAGACGAAGAGGGCGACGACGAUCCGCGAGGUGACGCCGAGGGACGCGUGGUUGGACGAAGGCGAGGUGCGCGUUUUCCUUGGCGCGAGCGCGGCGAGUUCGGCGGCGCUUAAGAUUCCGGAGAGGGCGACGUACUUGGGUAAAGCGAGUGAGAGCUCAUUCAUCAACUUGGUCGACGCUAUUUCGCGCUCGAUGGAUAUCUUCAUACGCGAUGGUGCCGCGCGCGUCGGCGUGUGCGGGGCGCUUUUGGACGAACGCGGCGGCACGCGGGAAAACACGCUCGUGGACUUGAACCGUAAAAGAGUGGAACUCGAAACUGCGAAGCUCCAUGAGCGAAACGAAACCGUGGACGCCACGAAGAAACGGCUCGCGCAAGAAUCUGAGGCUUUGAGCGAUCGCGUACGCGAUGCUGUCCUGUACGCCUCUCGAGCGAAAAAGGCGAAGGAGCGCGUCGGCGGCGGCAAGCCGACCUGGGACAUCCUCGCGGACGAAAGCGAUAGCGAUAGCGAUAACGAUAGGGACGUUGAGCAUGGAUAG